UAUAAAAAUAUUUUCACGGGUAGAAAAUCAUUUUAAAUAUUUCUUUGUUUUAUAUUAUUUAAUUUCACGUAGUUCAGUUUUACGUUGACGCACGGUCACGUUACGCAACGUAAACCGUUACGUACCUUCGGUAAAUUAGCUCGCGCCUAUAAACGUUUGCUCGCAGCGUCGACGAAACUUUCCCUCUUUGACCAGCGACCCUACAGAGGAGUGUUUCAGUUACCUGCUGGUGGAGAAGCUUCUGAUGACCAACCACGGCUCGUAGGUGCUGGCUCCACGCUGUGUGUCAGCUUUCCAGCCUCCGAGCAGAACGUCCCCGACGAGGUCCUGAGGUGUGUCUGAGCAGUUCACCGUUUGGUGAUGAUAGAAACAGACUGAGAGCUCGUCAGGAAACUCAGCAAAAACAGAGAGCGCGGUGUGAUGAGACAGAGGGUGGGACAACUUCACCACUAUCCCAUGAUGCAGCCAGAGCUCUGGUGGAGGUGACUGAAGAACGUCCUCCUCGCCUUCAACAGAUGCUGAUGUUGCUUCUUCUCCAGAUCUGUAGACCCAUCUUUGUAACAAACUAAUAUCUCCUUGCCUCAGCCCUGGUUGCAUAAUUACAUUUUCUACUAUAGAGUUUUCAGGGAGACCAGCUGCACUCUGAUAAUCACAUCGGGUCCCUGAUAGAGUUUUGUUUUUAGUCUCUGCAUGCAGAAAAACACAGCUAACGUGUCCUGAAGGUGAUCAGCUUGGCGCUGUCAGGAUGUAGAUUUUUGUGAAAGAGAUACGAUAUCAGCACACAAUGAUUCACUUCUGUCUGGUUUAAGGUGUCUGGUUUAAGGUGUCUGCACCGGUCCAGCCGGUGCAGUGAGAUCUCCCACCGCCCACAUGCCUUUUUGUUUAGAUUUGCAUUUUGCCAAAUGCUUGAGCCACUAUUGAAACCCUCUAGUUAUUUACAGGCUGAAAGUCACAGUAGGAGAACUAAAAGGAAACAUUUCACUUUGAGUUAACCCAAAAACACCUUGUGACGUUGUUGGUAUGAAUGACAUGAGUGCAGCAAAUUUGUUUUUUAUUCUUUAACAGCUUCCCCAAAGUAGCAAGCAACAUGCACGUCUGUUUAUUGUGUAUUCUACUGAUAGAUGAAAUAGUAAUGAGUAAAGCAGUGUCAUUGUUUUUACAAAAAACAAAUCCUCUUUCUGUCUUUGUUUUUAUUUUAUUCAUGGAAAUGAGAAGAGAGAACAAUCGUUGAGUUUCUAAAAUCAGCUUAAAACGUCGAGAGAUGAUUAGUGAAAGGUACAAUAAUGAAUACACUGUAGACUACCAAGCCCUAAAAUGUAAAUAAUAAUAUUCCCCAACAGACAAAACGGCUCAAAAGAAAUUUCAAACAAACCAAAUCUAUGUAAUAAAAACAACAAAACCUGCAAAGUAAAAGCACAUUUAUAUUUUGAGAUGUAUAAAUAAAUAUUAGAUAGAUAUACAAAUCAGACUACUAAUGUUUCAAAUGUGUCAAACAUGCUGAGAUACAUUAGUUUGAAUUCAAACAUUUAGGUAUUAUUUAACACCAUCAUCAGUGUGUCAUUAAAUAAAUCAUAGAGUAUCACAUAGUAAAAUAACCAUUCAUCAGGUGUGCUAUGAUCUCAGCAUGCUAUUAUUUUCUCCGAGUGGAAAACUGCUGGUAAGUAAACAACAGGCUCGCCCUCUGGGAAAAGGGAGGAGCAUGAUCAAGGUAACACACACCUUUACUCAUCAGUGCUUCUCGUGACCUUUGCAAUUCUACACUUGUGCAGCUGGAGCUCAGCGAAGCUGAUGAGCUUCUUGUCAAGCUAACACUUUAGUUUCUUGUUCUACACGGUCAGGAUUUGGUUAUCAACAGGACAAAGAUGGACAAUGGACAGCCGCCGCCGAGAGAGGAGUCGAACAAAGGCCAGGAGGAGGGGAACAGUCUGGAUUGGCUCCUUAGAAAAGACAACGCAGAGAUCAAACCUGCACCUAUGGAUACCAACGUCCUAAUGUCCAGACAAGAUCCUGACGUUGCUCCCAACACUGAUGGUAAAGCAUUCACAAGGGAGAGAGUCUUUAAUGCAGCAUCCCAGGGAGACACAGCUCAGCUUCACGGCCUGCUCGACUACCUGCGAGUUAAUAAUAAACGUCUUACGAGCCCAGAAUUCACAGAUGAAGUAAACGGGAAAACGGCACUCCUGAAAGCUCUGCUGAAUCUAAAGGACGGUAAAAAUGACACAGUUGAAUUUCUCCUCGACAUCGCAGAAAAAACUGAAGACUUAGAAAAUUUAAUCAACGCAUCUUACAAAGAUCCGUACUACAAGGGUCAGACAGCCUUGCACACCGCCAUCGAGAGAAGAAGCUUUGACCACGUGAAACUGCUGGUACAGAAAGGAGCGGACGUGCAAGCCAAAGCCAAUGGGAAGUUCUUCCAGCGUGAUGCAGGAACGGGUUUUUAUUUUGGAGAGCUUCCUUUAUCGCUGGCUGCCUGCACCAACCAGCCCAACAUCGUGUCCUUCCUCAUGGAGAACCCGUACAGGAGAGCAGACCUGACCGACAGAGACUCACAAGGAAACACUGUCUUGCACAGUUUGGUGGUUAUCGCAGACAAUACAACAGAAAACACAGAUAUGAUUGAAAGGAUCUAUGACGGGAUCCUUAUUCAGCACAGCAAACUUGAGAAAGAAAGAAAAGUCCAGCUGGAAGCGAUUGAAAACAAUCAGGGGCUGACUCCUCUCAAGUUAGCAGCCAAGCAAGGAAAGAUCGGGCUGUUCAAGCACAUUUUGCACCGGGAAUUCUCGGAUGAGGAGAUGAGGCCGCUGUCCAGGAAGUUCACAGAAUGGGUCUACGGACCCGUUCACUCCUCGCUUUACGACAUAAGCUCCAUUGACACCGACGAAGAGAACUCUGUGUUGGAGAUAGUCGUCUGUGGGAGUGAGAUUCCGAAUCGUCCUGAGAUGCUCCAGAUCGAGCCUCUGCACAGUCUUCUCAACGAUAAGUGGGACAGGUUUGCUUCCAAGUUGUUCUUGAUGAAUUUCUUGGUUUACCUGAUGUACCUGAUCAUCUUCACCACUGUGGCCUUCUACAGAAAAGAAGGACAGCCUCCGUUUCCUAUUGAAGAUGUCCCAAUCGACUACCUCCGCUGCGUUGGUGAGAUCAUCAGUGUCCUUGGAGCCCUGUGGUUUUUUUAUAAAGCGAUAAUUAUAUUUAAGAGGAACCCCCCAAAGUUCAGUUUCCUAUACACUGAUGGAUUCAGUGACAUCCUGUUCUUCCUGCAGGCGACGCUCUUUCUGAUCUGCGCAGUUUUGUACGUCUCUGGACGGAGAGAAUACAUUGCCUUCCUCGUGUGCUCGCUGGCUCUGGCCUGGAUCAACGUUCUUUAUUACUCAAGAGGCUCCAAACAACUGGGGAUGUACAAUGUCAUGAUGCAAAGAAUGAUCCUGGUUGACCUGUUACAUUUUCUAUGUGUCUAUAGCGUCUUGCUUUUUGGAUUUUCUGCCGCUAUUGUCGCUCUCAUCGAAGACCACCCUCCAGGUAAUAAACUGGGUAAUGGCACACGUGGAAGGUCCUUUGGUUUGGAGCCAUUUAAAUGCCAGAAGCCGAGCUACAAUGACAUCAAGUUCACAACACUGGAAUUGUUCAAGUUCACCAUCGGGAUGGGAGAUCUGGAGUUCACUGAUCAUGUUCAGUACAAGGAGGUUUUCUACGUCCUGCUCAUCUUGUACAUAGUGCUCACUUACAUCCUGCUGCUCAACAUGCUCAUCGCCGUGAUGGGAAACACGGUGGAAAGAAUCAGCGAAGAAAGUGAAAACAUCUGGAACCUGCAGAGGGCUUUUACUAUUUUGGACAUGGAGAGGACUCUGCCGAAGUGCCUGUCCAGCAAGUUGUUCUCUGGAGUAUCAAAGAUGGUGUGUAUCGGAAGCAAGCAGGACAAGAGCCGUCGAUUUUUAAGGGUGGAGGAAAAGGAUUGGAAACGAUGGCGUUGUGACCUCGGUUUUAUCCAGGACGAAGACCCCGGGGAUCAUGUGAAAACGCCUCAGCCCAGCAAAGUCCGGACUCCUGGGAGUCCGUGGAGACUGAAUCCACUCCUGGCAAGGAUUCGUGGCAUACGACGACAACAAGAAAUAUACAGUAAUCCCUAGAGUCAUCACAGUUUAGGUUUAACUAAAGGUCCAGUGCCGACACUUUUAUCCAAACUGUGACGUACAAAAAAGAGAAACAAUCAAGUGCAGAGUGUGAAAAGGACGUGUUCGUGCAGCAACAAGUACUGUGACAGAGGGAGAGGUGGUCCUCUCUGAAGAGCUGGAGGUCUUCAGGAGGGCGUUGGUAGAUUUAGUGGCGUCUAGCAGUGCAACCAAAUGAAUACCCCUCGCCUCUCAUUUUAAGCAUGUAGGAGAACCUGCAGUGGCUAUGACUGUAGAUUUGGUGUUUGGUUUGUUUGUCUGGAUUACUGUAGAAACAUAAAUCAAUUUUAUUUGUAUAGCCUAAAGUCACAAAGUACAUUUGCCUCAGAGGGCUUAACAAUCUGUACAGGGAGU